AUGCUUGAUGCUGAUGGCAAAUCUGCAACACCAUUUGCAUAUGGUGCAGGACAUGUGCAUCCAAAUCUUGCAGCAGAUCCUGGCCUAGUUUAUGACACGAACGCGAUCGAUUACCUUAACUUCUUAUGUGCCCAUGGCUACAACAGUACCUUACUAGAAGCGUUCUCAGGUGGAUCUUAUAAUUGUCCUGAGAAUGCCAGUCUCGCUGACUUCAACUAUCCUUCAAUCGCAGUUCCUGAUCUUAAUGGCCCAGUAACUGUUACUCGCCGAGUAAAGAAUGUAGGUGCUCCAGGCACAUACACAGUUAAAGUUAGGGCACCACCUAAGGUUUCAGUAGUUGUUGAACCUUCAAGCUUGGAAUUCAAGGAAGCUGGAGAAGAGAAAAUUUUCAAGGUUACUCUUAAGCCUGUAAUGAAUGGCUUGCCGAAAGACUACACAUUUGGGCACCUGACAUGGUCAGACAGCAACCGCCACCAUGUCAAGAGUCCUAUUGUGGUGAAGCAUGCGUAG